UCUUGAAUAUUCCGAAGAUGGUUCUAGCAGAGGUUCGAUCUUUGCAAUAUCGGCUCUUGGCUCGGUUUUUGCUUGGGGAGCCAAUGGCAAGCGACAGCUGGGAUUAGGCACGACGGGUGACACCAUGAUUCCAGCCAGAAUAUUGGGAGGGUAUGGAAAGUUGGCCCCGAAAAGAGUUGUGCAAGUGGCUGGUACUACAACAUAUUCCCUGGCACUUACAUCAGACGGACAGGUUUAUGGAUUUGGACAAAGGUUUAGCACAGACAGAGACUUCUGCGUAAGAAAGUUAGGUGGUCCUUGUGUUACAAGAGUGAUGACCUCGAUAGCUUGUAAUGACAACUAUCCCUUCGGAGUUCUUGAUUCAGGAGAGGUUGCUACUUUGCUCGAGCCUCGCUACGAAAAAAUAGAUAUGAAAGGUUUAGCAAUUUCAAAGAUUGUGUGUGGAAAAUCACACGCGCUAGCUUUGUCUUUUGACGGAAAAGUAUAUUCUGGCGGGAGAAGCAACAAUGAAUACGGUCAGCUGGGAAACGGAACCACCAAUGUUGGACAUAACCUUUAUCCAAUGGAAUUUAUAUCAGAGGCAAUUGGCAGGGUGAAGGACAUUGCCACGGUCAACUACGACGAGAAACAGCCUUGUGCCGCAAUAACCGAAAAAAAUGAAGUUUAUAUUUGGGGGCAUUACAAUGGUCUACAUUUAAAUAAAUUAAUCAAAAUCCAUUACCAUUUUUUUUAUGAUAAAUUAGGUCAAAACUAUUUGAGCCCUUCAAAGACGACAUUUUCAACUCUGGAUGAGGUUUUCGCUGGUCUAGGGAUCACAUGUCGAUCAUUGAAACCGAAGGAAAGAAUACUUGAAGUAGCCCCAUUGAAACCGAAAAUUUCGAGCCCUUCAAACACGCUCUAUGAUUGCGCGGGACGGAUUAUCGAUGACGCAGAAUCGUCCGAUUUCGCGUUUUUGGUUGAGGGAAAGAAAAUUCACGUCCACAAAUUGAUUUUGAUGAUGCGAUGCACCGUCUUCAAGACCAUGUUCCAAGAGAGCAACACUGCAAGCGAGCACACAAUCGAGGGGCACAGCUACGUCGCUUUUUACGCCUUCUUGAAAUAUUUCUACACGGAUGAAAUCGACUUGCCACCAGAUUCCGCACUCGAGCUGCUUGCCUUGGCGCAUUUCUACCACCUUCCCGCGCUGCAAGAGAAAUGCGGAAAAUUCAUCAAAAGGGGCGUGACGGUGGAAAACGCAGCCGUGAUUUUCGAGAAGGCGAUUCAGUACGAAGCCAAGGAACUUGAGGAGUACGUGUUCAAGUUCUGCGUGGAUCACAUGACUGAUGUGAUAAGCAGUGACGCCUUCAAGACUUUCAAGCCAGAUACCGUAUCAGAGUUUCUGAGGCGUGCGGCACAGCACGGAGCAUUCAAGAAUUGAUAAUUUUGUUGAUUUUUAUCUUAUAAAUAAGUUCUUUCUUCGCAAAAUGUAAA